GGCCGCGGCCAGCCGAGCGCUGCAGCAGUGCGGGCAGCUCCAGAAGCUCAUCGACAUCUCCAUCGGCAGCCUGCGCGGGCUGCGUACCAAGUGCGCCGUGUCCAACGACCUCACCCAGCAGGAGAUCCGGACCCUGGAGGCGAAGCUGCUCCGGUACAUCUGCAAGCAGUGUCAGUGCAAGCUGAGCGUGGCCCCAGGCGAGAGGACCUCGGAGCUCGACAGCUACCCUCGCUUCAGCGACUGGCUGUACACCUUCAACGUGAGGCCGGAGGUGGUGCAGGAGAUCCUCCGCGAGCUCACGCUAGAUGCCCUGCUGGACAUGAACGAGGCCAAGGUGAAGGAGACGCUCCGGCGCUGCGGGGCCAGCGCCGAGGAGUGUGGCCGCCUGCAGUACGCCCUCACCUGCCUGCGGAAGGUGACAGGCCUGGGCGGGGAGCACAAAGAGGACUCAGGCUGGAGUUCAUCUGAUGCCCGGCGGGAAAGUGGCUCCGGGCCUGCCGCAGACACCCUUUCGCCAGCCAGCCUGCCCUGGCCUCCGGGGAGCUCCCAGCUGGGCAGACUGGGCAGCAGUGCCCAGGGCCCACGCUCCGCCUCCGUGUCCGCUCUGCCCGCCUCGGACUCCCCAAACCCCGGCCCCGGUGAGGGCCUGUCGGACCCCUUUAUCUCCCUGCACGCCAGCGGCCGGUUGACCCCCCGCGCCCUGCCCAGCUUCAUCACCCCGCCGACCACGCCCCAGCUCCGACGGCACACCAAGCUGAAGCCGCCCAGGACGCCGCCCCCGCCCAGCCGCAAGGUCUUCCAGCUGCUGCCCAGCUUCCCCACGCUCACCCGGAGCAAGUCCCACGAGUCUCAGCUGGGGAACCGCAUUGACGAGGUCUCCCCGAUGAGGUUUGGUAAGAGUGAUUCAUUUUCAUCCCCUCUGCCACCCAGGAGUCCUGUUUCUGUUGCUGUCCCCAUCGGGGGUGGAUUUCUUCGACCCUCUCUUAUUCCCUGGCCUUUCUGUGGUUCAGAAGCAGAGAUGCUGGGCUGCGCCUCAGGAAGUAGAUUUGAUGGACCCCGCGCAGCAGCAUCCAUCGUCUGGCUUCGCCAGGUGGCCCUGCCCGCCCCGCUCCAGGCUCUGGGCUUGGAGGGCGCCCGGGUGUCUGGGGUGGAACCGAUUCUCCUGGUUUCCCUGUGGUCCCCUGUGGGGACCCUUCUCCAUCCUGGCCUCUCUGAGCAUUUGCAUGUGUCCACCCCCUGCAGGUUCUCCACCAAGUCCUGGCUGUCGCAGGUUUGCCACGUGUGCCAGAAGAGCAUGAUGUUUGGAGUGAAGUGCAAGCAUUGCAGGUUGAAGUGUCAUAACAAGUGUACAAAAGAAGCCCCUGCCUGUAGAAUAUCCUUCCUUCCACUACCCAAGCUUCGGAGGACAGAAUCCGUGCCCUCAGACAUCAACAAUCCGGUGGACAGAGCCGCUGAACCCCACUUUGGAACCCUCCCCAAAGCACUGACAAAGAAGGAGCACCCUCCAGCCGUGAACCACCUAGACUCCAGCAGCAACCCAUCCUCCACUACGUCCUCCACGCCCUCCUCGCCUGCGCCCUUCCCAGCGUCGUCCAACCCAUCCAGUGCCACCACGCCCCCCAACCCCUCGCCUGGCCAGCGGGAUGGCAGGUUCAACUUCCCAGCUGCCUACUUCAUUCAUCAUAGACAGCAGUUUAUCUUCCCAGAUAUUUCGGCAUUUCCACAGGCAGCGCCGUUCACCGAUGGAGCAGACAGUUCCCGGCUCGACGACCAGCCAAAAGCAGAUGUGUCGGAAGAUCGUGAAGUGGAGGCCGAGGAGCCUGAGGCCGGCAAGUCAGAGGCCGAAGACGACGAGGACGAGGUGGACGACCUGCCGACCUCCCGCCGGCCCUGGCGGGGCCCCAUCUCGCGCAAGGCCAGCCAGACCAGCGUGUACCUGCAGGAGUGGGACAUCCCCUUCGAGCAGGUGGAGCUGGGUGAGCCCAUCGGGCAGGGCCGCUGGGGCCGGGUGCACCGCGGCCGCUGGCACGGCGAGGUGGCCAUCCGCCUGCUAGAGAUGGACGGCCACAACCAGGACCACCUGAAGCUGUUCAAGAAGGAGGUGAUGAACUACCGGCAGACGCGGCACGAGAACGUGGUGCUCUUCAUGGGGGCCUGCAUGAACCCGCCCCACCUGGCCAUCAUCACCAGCUUCUGCAAGGGACGGACGUUGCACUCGUUCGUGAGGGACCCCAAGACAUCUCUGGACAUCAACAAGACCAGGCAGAUCGCCCAGGAGAUCAUUAAGGGCAUGGGGUACCUCCACGCCAAGGGCAUCGUGCACAAAGAUCUGAAAUCCAAGAACGUCUUCUACGACAACGGCAAAGUGGUCAUCACAGACUUCGGGCUGUUCGGGAUCUCGGGUGUCGUGCGAGAGGGACGGCGUGAGAACCAGCUGAAGCUGUCACAUGACUGGCUGUGCUACCUGGCCCCCGAGAUCGUGCGGGAGAUGACCCCUGGGAAGGACGAGGACCAGCUGCCCUUCUCCAAAGCUGCUGACGUCUAUGCAUUCGGGACUGUUUGGUAUGAGCUGCAAGCCAGAGACUGGCCCUUGAAGAACCAAGCUGCAGAAGCCCUGAUCUGGCAGAUUGGAAGCGGAGAGGGCAUGAAGCGCGUCCUGGCCUCCGUCAGCCUGGGGAAGGAAGUCACCGAGAUCCUGUCUGCCUGCUGGGCCUUCGACCUGCAGGAGCGGCCCAGCUUCCCCCUGCUGAUGGACAUGCUGGAGAAGCUGCCCAAACUGAACCGGCGGCUCUCGCACCCUGGGCACUUCUGGAAGUCUGCUGAGUAA